GCUGUUCCUUUAUUCCUUAGCCCUAAAUUCAGGAAAUGUAUUCUAAAUUGUAUAUUUUCAUGUGAUAAAGGUUUUGCAUUUUGUGUCUUUCUUCUCCUCCCUAGAUCUUUGCACGAUGCCAGUAACCCGCUCAAAAUCAGUGGGCAACACGAAUGCCCUCACCUCUCCCUUGGGCAUCGUUCGCCUCCUGGAAGCCCUUUUCACCUGUGUGGCCUUCAGCUUGGUGGCCAACCGGGAGGCCUGGUAUGGCCGCAAUGGGGAUUGGUGCAUGUUCUCCUGGUGCGUCUGCUUUGCCAUCACCAUUGUCAUCUUGGUGGUUGAGUUUGCUGGCCUCCAGCAUCGCAUGCCGGUCUCUUGGAAGAACUUCCCCAUCACCUUCGCCAUGUAUGCCACCCUGAUGUGCCUCUCUGCUUCCAUUAUCUACCCGGUAUUCUUCAUUUCGAAUGAGCAUCUUUCUCGUGACGAACGGGGAUACCGCAUUUCCGCCACUGUGUUUUCUUGCCUAGCCUGCCUAUCUUACCUCACCGAGGUCAGCAUAACCAAAGCUAAACCAGGAGAAGUCACCGGCUACAUGGCAACAGUCCCAGGAUUACUGAAGGUGGUGGAGACUUUUACUGCCUGCAUCAUCUUUGUCUUCAUAAGUGACCCGCCUACUUAUGACCAUCCAGAUGCUCUUAAGUGGUGUAUGGCGGUCUACUGCAUUUGCUUCAUCCUCUCCCUCGUGGUGAUUAUCCUCUGCAUUGGCGAAUGCACUGGCUGGUUGCCAUGUCCAUUCAACAAAUUCCUCAGCGGCUACACUUUAUUGGCUGUGCUCAUGUAUGCCACCGCCACAAUUAUUUGGCCUCUCUACAAGUUUGACCAAAAGCAUGGGGGACAGCCAUCUCGAAGCGCAUUCUGUGGAGGUAGACAAUUCUGUACAUGGGACAAGAAUGUUGCUGUAGCUGUUCUAACCGCCAUCAAUCUGCUGAUGUACCUGGCAGAUCUGGUGUACUCUGCACGGCUGAUAUUCAUCCAGGGAUAGAAGGUGGCUGGCAGUUAGGAGCAUCAAGGCAGCAGUGUCCAAAAGAAGGGAAGUGGAAAGAGAAGAAGGGGUCAUGCUUUUCUCUCUUUUGCUCUGAUUUUUUUCCUUUCUUCUGCCUGCAGUCUCGGACUAAUUCAUUCUCUUUUUCUCUCCUGCCUUCUCAAUUGCCUUCUUCUUAGCCUAGAUUUACGCUCUCUGCUUGCCACACAAUAAUUCUUUUCCUCUCUCCAUCCUGAUCCUAUUGCACAUAACAGCAAAAUGAUAACUUGUUGUAUUGCAGAGUUUGGGAUGGCUCACAAAUGCUUCUCUUCUUAAUCAUCUUUGGCUAUUCCCAUGCAUGUAUCUUCGACAGUAUAGUUCGUCAGGAACUUUGUGUUCCAAGGCAUGAGAAGGUGCUUAGGGCUAUUAAAAGUGGUGUUGAAAUUGCAGGUGCCAGUUGAGUGG